AUGAACAAGCACAACUUGAUAUACGCGUUGGCACGACACUUCAGUUCAUUUUGGGAUCGGAGCGAAUUCUGGAAUGCAUUAAUGAAUGAUGUGAGCGCGGAGAUAGUUGUGCUGCCGCUUUCAUUGAGUGGAAUCUCACCGUCGAACGCGAACGGGAAUCGUGAGUGGUUCUGUGGAACUAUAUAUACGGAAUCGAGAUGGCAUGCCGGUGAACCGCCAAAGAAAUCUCCCUAA